AUGUUUAUCUUCAAAACAAAAGUUGGAAGACUUUGUCAUAAACUACCACUUUUGAAAGGUAAAAAUAUUAAAAUAUUGUAGAAAUGAAGCUAGAUAAUUGGUUGUUUUACUUAAAAUAAGAAUAUGAUUAAAAAUAUUACUUAAAAAAAUAAUUAGUUUGUGUUUAGUUAGUUAGUAUUUAAAUGUAUUAAUGA